AUGGAUACGAGUGAUCAAGCAGACAGAAUAUCAAAUCUACCGGAUGUUCUUUUGGUCCUCAUCAUUUCAUGCUUGUCUUUCCGGUGGAGAUCUGUCUACCUUGAGACGAGGAAUGUUUCUUUCAAGGAAACCGACUUCUUGAGCCCUUCUCGUUCGCGGUUCGAAAAAGAGGUCAAGAACUUGGUUCUUGAUUUCUCAAACCCGGCGUGGAGAACCUUUCAAGAUGUAAACCUUGAUGAGUUGGUUGUUGAAAUCCCACAAAGCGUCUAUGAUCUAGCGACUCUUGAUUCGUUGAAAGUUGGCGCGUGCAAGAAGUUUGACUCCGAAAAACUAUCAAACCUAGGGAAGCUAAAAACCGUUUCUUUCAGAUAG